ACGUUAUACUGUCAAAAUAUUUGAACAAUCGUGUCUUAUUCCAAGACAGCAACGUCUCAUGAGCUCCCUCUAAUCAUCCUUAUUAGCUCCCUAACUUCGUCUUCUUUUUGGCUCAAAACCUUGCUUGAGGAGGACGAAUUCUGGAAGACAGCACAGGCGUUCGUUAUGUACAGAGAGCGAGGAGUGGGAUCUAAAUCGGAGGUAGCUUCCGCUGAUCAGAAGCAAAUCAACGACGUCCUCGAUGAACUGCUCGAACGAUUCUCGCCGUCCACAUCCAGAGCCGCCGGCAUCAACGGCAAAGACCGCUCAUCCUCCUCUUCCCUCUUAGCCGCCGCCAAGGACUCCCGCUGCGCCUCCGUCACCGCCCCUAUCUCCAAGAAUUCCAACGCAUCUGACGUAUUGCCUGCCACCCGCAAUGCAAAUAACCAGGGUAGAUGGGGGUUUGGCCGCGGUCGUUGGCAGCAAAAUUAUCAAAAUGAUAGAGGAGCCGACCUUCUUCCUCGACCUGGACGUUAUCCUCCGAGGCACAAUUUUGGAUACGGAAAUAGGUUUCAGAAUGGUCGCCAUGAUGAGCGCUUUGUCUCUGAGUUGAAGCUUUCAAAGAGUGAAGAAACUCUUUCAAGAAAGUGCAUUGCUUUUCCGGUGCCUUGUGAAAUUGCCUGCUAUAGUCGUGUAGAAGGCGGAGAAGUGUACUUCGAUGAUCGUAGCUUGAGACUUUUUAAGCGCCAUAUUACUGAGGAUGUUGGAGCUGAUUUGAAUGAAGGUUAUGACACAUUCAUUCCCAAAAAAGACAUGGGCUCAGAGGGCUUUGGUGAUCUUCUUGCUUGCAUUAGGGACAAAAAUAUCCCUCUUCAAGACAUUCAUUUUGUGACAUUCCGUAACAAUCUUAACAAGAUACUGGCAACAGCUUAUAUCCGUCAUGAGCCUUGGGAAAUGGGAGUGCACAAAAGGAAUGGGGUUGUCUAUCUUGAUGUGCAUAAGUUACCAGAAAGACCGCAAAGUGAUUUAGAUCGUAGGAGAUGUUAUGUAGGAUAUUGUUUUGAAAGCCUCGCCACUGAAGAUCCUAGAAGAGCAGACGGAGAAGGGAUACAUCAUGUUGAUGCCAAUGUUGAAUUCUGUUCUGUGAUUAAGACAAAAUUAGGAGCUCAUCGCAUCUUAAGGGGUGCUGAGAUCGAUUGCUGUGAUUCGACUAAUGACGGAAAGAGAUUCUAUGUGGAGUUAAAGACUAGUUGUGAGUUGAAUUAUCAUACUGAGGAAAGAUUCGAGAGAAAAAAACUGUUGAAGUUUUGGAUUCAGUCAUUUCUGGCAGGUGUUCCAUAUAUUGUCAUAGGAUUUAGGGACGAUGCAGGUCGUCUUGUUCGGACAGAAAGAAUUGGAACCAAAGAUAUAACUCAGAGAGUAGAAAUGAAGAACUACUGGCAGGGAGGAGUCUGCUUGGCUUUUGCAGAUGAGGUAUUAGGCUGGCUCUAUGGAACAGUAAAAGAAGGUGAAGAUUACAUUUUGAAGUUUGCUCGACCUUUCAACCGUCUGGAGCUUCUGCGGGCCCAGUCCUGCCCAGAUGUAAUUACUAGUCAUUUGGAGCUGUUGUGAAAAUUUUAAGAGCUUAGCAACUUUGAUCAUUUCACGAACCUUUUUAGUAUAUAGGGUUACCCUCUGAGUGCUGACAAUUGCAUUCACAACUUUAUAGAAUUUUGCUGAAAUAUUGUGUUUGACCUUGCUUAGUUGGAUUAUAGUUUUUCAUUUUAUUGUUCCCAGCUUUGUACUCUUCCAUUAUCUAAACUUAUAGGAAAAAACGUUCGCUUUAAGUUUACUU